CAGUGUCUCAGCAGCUUGAAGAAGAUAAACAGAGGAAGAAGGCGGCCAUUUAGUGCAAUUAACCUAAAGAAACUUGGUUAAUGUAUCGAUUUUUAAAUGGAUAAUUAGUACCAAGUUCUCUCGAAAGGGGUUUAAACAGUCAGUCAGGGUAAAAUGUCCCUGAGUGCAUCAUGUGGAUCAGUCUCUCAGAAAAGGACUGUGUCGAGCCUCCUCGCUGGUCGUGUGGUGAAGAGGCCGAAGCAGGGAGAUGGUCAGCAGCUGCAUGAGGCAGCGAUCCAGCUGUUGGAGCAGCAGCAGAACCUCUGCAGUCUGCUCAAGGAGGUUGGGAAUCCAAACCUUUCCAAUAUUUUCUGCUCUGAGACCGGAGGGCAGAAACCGCAGGCAUCUGAAGGAAUCCCACCAACCAUUGCAGGCUCACUCCUGGUGAGUGAGUUGAGGUGUCAGGCUACACAGCUGGGUGUCCCGCUGACAGCGCUGUCAGUGAAGAUGGUGCUGGAGAGACUGACAGAGAUCACCGGAACUGAGGAAGAGGACAGGAGGAGAGAGCUGCUCACUUCCUCUCAGAGAGUCCAGCUGUGCGUCCUGUUGGAGUCCAGCAGAGAACUGCUGUCACAAGGAGCCCUCUGCCCCAAGCUGCUCUGGCAGGAGUACAGGAGGGGUCAGAAGCUACCACAGCUGGAAGUGGUGUACCAGCUUCACUUUUACAACAUUCUCACUCUAAAACACAUUUUAGAGAGUGAUGAAGAUGUAAGGUUGUGGCUGGUGUCUCAGUUGAAGGCUCUGUCCUGUUGGAUGCCUCCACUGGGAGAAAAAGAGGCCCAAAAAGUUCAACUGAAAGUGUUGUCAACUGUGCUCGGAGUCUUGGUGGGAACAGGCUUCCAGCUGAGUCACGAUCCAGCAGCUGCAGACAGGAGGAUCUCCCUGCUCUGCUGCUCGGUCCUGGACGACAUGCUCUUCUGGUUUCUGGACAAAGUGGGCGAGAGUUUGACGCUGCCGUGUGCUGGAGCAGGACCUGAGCUAUGGUGUCAGCUAUUUGACGCUUCGUUGUGCGGAGCCUCAGCGUCCCCAGAAGCCCUUCAGCAUUUCUUCACACACUCCCUCACACAGACUCUCACUUACAAGCCUCGACUUACAGUGUCAGACGCCAUUGCUCGGCAGAAUGAGUGGACCUUUGCAAAAUCCAGCCGGUUGCUGACCUCUCUUUUCCGUAAGCUGGCUGUGAUCUUCAGCGUGGAGCAGCUGCUGCGUCACCUGCAGCAGGUUUUGGAAACCCAUGAAGUCAACUGGAAACAUAUCCUGUGCUUCCUCUCCACUCUGCUGAUUUACAACCCCAGUGCUGAGUCCAGCCUCAGAGAGCUGCUGUCCAGACUGCUGAGCUCUGCGUUUGAAGGCUACGACUUGGAGAACGUGAUAACUGCCUUCCUGCUGGCUCGACAGGGGACGCUGGAGGGACCCGGCAUCUUUCCCUCCUACAGCGACUGGUUCAAGAUGUCUUUCGGUGGUGGAAGCAGCUGCCAUGCAACCAGUAAGAAAUCUCUGGUGUUUCUGCUCAAGUUUCUGUCUGACCUGGUGCCCUUUGAACCCUCGCAGUACUUGAAGGUUCACAUCAUGCACCCACCUUAUGUACCUGUCAAACACCGCAGCCUCCUGAUGGAGUACGUCUCUCUGGCCAAGACCAGGCUGGCUGACCUCAAGGAGUCAGUGGAGGACAUGGGUCUGUAUGAAGAUGUGUGUGGUGCUGGUGGAGCAACAGUGCAGGACGUGGAGAAGGCGGUGUCUCUGUUUGAAAGCACAGGAAGAAUCUCUGCCACAGUAAUGGAGGCCAGUAUUUUCCGGAGGCCGUAUUUCCUCACAAGAUUUCUUCCUGCUCUGCUGACCCCAAGAGUGCUUCCCGUGAAGGCAGAUGCUCGGAUGAGUUUCAUAGAAGCUCUGAAAAAAGCAGAUAAGAUCCCAGCUGCGCAGUAUUCAUCCUAUGUGGAGUCCUGCCAGAGACAGAGACAGCAGGAUAGGAGUGAAGUGUGCGUGGACACUCGGGAUGAUCCUCUGGAGGUAUUAAAUGUUCAGCUGCAGGAAUUCAGAAAGCUGCUUGUCGAUGCAAAUGAAGGAGAGAUGUCAGCACAGCUGUCCAGGAUCUCUCACACUCUGAGUGUCAUCUUCCCCGUUGGUCCUGAUGAGCUGACCGGACAGACAGUCAUCAAGCUUCACAUAGAAAAACCUCUGUCUGUGGAACUCCACAUUAAAGUUGUCAAUACGAUCCUGAGAAACUUCUGCCAGUGUGUGCUAGACGCUUCCCAAGCAAACCCUCCUAACAAGCAAAACCUGUGGGCUUCAAAGUUUGUCAGUUUUCUGCUCGGUAACACACAGCUACUCUGCAGCCUUAUUAACAGACUCUGGCACCUGUUUAAUAAUCAGGGGUCGUCGCUGGGCGCCGCACACUUGCUCGGCCUGGCGGCGUUUGUGGUCCACCUCCACUCCUCCAUGUCCCACAGUCCUCUGGUCCAGCUGGUUCCUCCCAUUCUCCCCACACCAGUCCCCAUCAUAGAGGCUCUCAGCUCAGCGCUGGUCUGCAACGCACAUGAUAACAUGCUCUUCUGUGUCAGGUUGUGUGUGGCGGCUGUGUGUUACGGUAUCUGCAGAGGAGACUCACUACCUCAACAACAGCAGGACUACAUCCCCAGCAGCCUCUACAAGAAGCUUCUGUAUCUCAUCCCAAGACUGUUACCUGAAGCCAGAAGGACUCCUGCUGAUGGUCCGUUGGGUGAAUAUAAGGAGGAGAACAGCCUCGGCCUGUGGAGCAGCGUCACACACAGCAACAGCACCUGGAGGAAGACUGCUUGGUGUCUGUGGAGACAUCCUGCUUUCUGUCAGCUACAACACACACCUCAAUACCAGUUGUUCUUCACAGAAUGGCUGUCUAAUGAGCUCCGAGUGCAGAGAAGUGAAGAUGCUUUGUCCGACCCAGAACGGCAAGAGUACCAGCAGUGGGCGUGUCUAGAGCUCUACCUGUGUCGUCCGGAGGAUGAGGGAGGCUGCGGAGGAGACAUGAGGAGCCUGUGCUCUUAUCUCCUCAGUGCCAUCAUGGACCAGCAGUUGAGCGAGCAGAAACUAGAAAAGCUGCAUGACAGAGUUUCAGAAAAAGGAAGCUGUCUUCCAGACAUCCUGUCCAGAUUACAGGAGCUUGUAUAUGAGAUGGAAGUGAGCACCCCUGAUAUGUGUGACUUCCUGUUUGAGCUGGUGUGUCAGAGGUGCUCCUCCACAGUGAGCUCAGCUUCACUGAGCAUCAGCUCUGAACUCAGCCUGCAAUACACAUUGAGCACAUGGAACAGAGUACUACUGGCACUCCCAGCAGUUUUAUUUAUCAAAGUAAAGACUGAAGGAGGGAGGACGACUCUGGACUGCAACAACCUCAUACAACAUGUCAACCAGCAUCAGAGGAAGGUGUGUUCUCCAGCCGGUGUGCUGUCCCGCCAUAUAACAUCACACUUCCUGAGAGGUGUGUUAUGUGCCAGUGUGCGUUGUUGUGGACGCUCGGGUGAAGUCAACAAGGCCUGGUCUCAGAUCAGCCUCCACUGUCCUCUGCUGCUGAUCUCCACAGUGCACUGGUGGGAUAGUCUGUCUCCAGUGGUGUUGUCACUGUGGCGUCGUCUGAGUGAUGGAGAGCCUCUGCCAGAGCAGCUCCAGCUCCUCUCUGACUGUCAGCACUGGGCCUGCAGUUUAAAGAAGGGCCAGUUGUCGCAAGUACCCUCUGCUCCACCUCUGUUGUUGGCCGCCAGCUUGUACAGAGUCUGGCGAGGUCACAGGGAGGAUGAGCAGAGCUUCAGCGCUGCUUUGAAGAUGCUGCGACCAGAGAAAGACAUGAAACACAGACAGGUGCUAGUUUUCCUGCUUUUCCUGUGUGUUAACGACUAUCUGUCAGCCCUCCUCAGUCCUCAGGAGAAGAGUCGUCAGAGAGCCAGCAGUUUUUGCAAAGAAGUCUUGGAUGUGUUGACAGACUCUGCCGACUGGCUGCUGAUCUUUAAAUCAAACGAACAAGGGGUUUACCAGUCGGUUACCAUGGUGACAUCAGAUGAGUUUACUCGACUGAUGCCUUGGGCCUUCUAUAGUCUGUUGCUGCAGCAGAGUGCGGAGCUGCUACACAGAGCCGUGCGAUGUGCGGGGUUCCUUCACACCGCUGUCCUCUGUUACAUCAACCUGCUCCAGCUCUUCCUGGAAGGACACACGCCUCCACCAAUCACCCCCAAACCUCCGGACGAUCAGGCGGAGGCGUGCCAGAUUGUGAGCCGUACCAAACAGUUUCUCCUGAAGGUCAUCUCUCAGUCGCCUCCUACCGCUCUCUCCUCCAGCCAGCUCAGACAGCUGGAGUCCCAGUGUGCAGACCUGGACCCAGAGGUGGCAGCAGCUCUGUCCGUGCACCUCGACCCACGCAGCCUGAGCCCUGAGAUGGAUUUCCUCUGAACGACCGAGAAAC